AUGGUCACACCAACAUCGUUUGAUAAUAAUGUAUCAUGGAUACAACGAACAUUUAAAAAACGUGAAUGUAUUAAAUUUAUUCCAUCAAAAAUUGAACAACAAAUUGAACGUUGUUGUUGUGGACGAUAUUUUCAUGAACAUAAUGAACAUGUUAAAAUAGCAUCACAUGAUAUAAAUUUUUUAUCAAUAAAUAAAAAUGAAAUAUGGUCUACACAAAAACAUACAAGAACUGAACCAACAAAUGCAUUUGGUAUUAUUGAAUUUGAAGGCAUGGCACAUCCAGCUAAAGCUCAAUAUAUUCGUCUUUCGUAUGAUACACGUCCUGAUUUAAUAUUAAAAUUAUUUUUACGUGUAUGGAAUCUUAAAUUACCACGUCUUGUUAUAUCAAUUGAUGGUGGUAUUGCAAAUUUUGAAUUACAACCAAAACUUAAACGUGUUUUAAAAAAAGGACUUUUUCGUGCAGCUAAAACAACUGGUGCAUGGAUUAUAACAAAUGGUUGUCAACAAGGUGUUGUUAAACAUGUUGGUGAUGCACUUUUUGUUAAAUCACCAAAAGCUAAAUCAGAUAUUGUUUGUAUUGGAAUUUCACCAUGGGGUGUUGUUGAAGGACGUGAAAAUUUAAUUGGUGUUAAUAAACUUGUGUCAUAUCAUUCAAAAGCAUUAGCAACUAAAAAUAAUGCGACAUUAAAUAGUAAUCAUUACUAUUUUUUACUUGUUGAUAAUGGAACAAGUGGAAAAUAUGGAGGUGAAAUUUUAUUAAGAAAACGUUUUGAAAGAUUUCUAUUAAAACAAACAAAUGCACAAUCAACUGAGAAUUCAAAUAUUCCUGUUGUAUGUGUGGUUGUCGAAGGUGGAACAAAUACAAUUCGAAUGGUUUUAGAACAUGUUACAGAUAAUCCACCAGUACCCGUUGUUGUGUGUGACGGAAGUGGUCGUGCGGCUGAUCUGAUUUCAUUUACACAUCGAUAUGUUAGAGAAGAUGGUACAAUGUCUCCUGAAAUUCAAGCACAAUUAAUACAUACUAUAAUGAAAACAUUUUCGUAUACAAAAAAACAAGCAAAUAAUCUUUUUCAUGAAUUAAUGAUGUGUGUAAAAAAACGAGAUUUGAUUACAAUAUUUCGUAUUGGUGAAGAAUCAUCACAAGAUAUUGAUUUAUCAAUAUUAAUUGCUUUACUUCGUAGUUCAUGUGUAUCAUCAAUAGAUCAAUUAAAACUUGCUUUAACAUGGAAUCGUGUUGAUAUAGCUCGAAAUUAUAUUCUAUCUAGUAGUCAUCAAUGGCCAGAACAAGCAUUAGAAGAUAUUAUGAUGACUGCAUUAAUAACUGAUAAAGUUGAAUUUUGUCGAUUAUUACUUGAAAAUGGAAUAUAUAUGCAAAAAUUUUUAACUAUUCAUCGAUUAGAAGAAUUAUAUAAUACUCGUGAUGGUCCACCUAAUACUCUUCAUUAUAUUGCAAAAGAUAUACGAAAAAUUCGCAAGGCAGCUAUUACAGGUAUAUAUACAUUACCUGAUAUUGGUUUAAUUCUUGAAAAAUUAAUGGGUCAUGGUUAUCGAUCAAAUUAUACACGACGACGUUUUCGUACACGUUAUGCAACGAUGUUUCAUCAACCGAAUACAUUCGGACAAUUACGUCGAAUAGUAGUUAAUACAACAUUAAAACCAAUUGAUGAUACAUUUCAAUAUCCAUAUAAUGAAUUACUUAUAUGGGCAGUACUUACAAAACGACAUCAAAUGGCUUUAUUUUUUUGGGAACGAGGUGAAGAAGCUAUGGCGAAAGCAUUAGUAGCAUAUAAAUUAAAUAAAGCAUUAGCACAUGAAGCAGAUGAUGAUGAAUUAGAAAUUGAAGUAGCAACUGAAUUGGCUAGUUAUGCAGAUCAAUUUCGUGAAUUAGGUCUCGGUGUUCUUGAACAAUGUUAUCGUGAAAAUAAUGAUAAAACAUGUCAAUUAUUAACAUAUGAAUUAAAAAAUUGGUCUGAUUGGACAUGUUUAUCAUUAGCUGUUAUUUCUCAUCAUCAAGAAUUUGUAGCACAUAAAUGUUGUCAAAUGAUAUUAAAUGAUUUAUGGAUGGGUGGUAUGUCUAUACGACAUUAUCUUAAUUGGAAAGUUAUUGCUUCAAUAUUAUUUUUUCCACUUGUACUUCGUAUUGAAUUUAAAAGUGCUGAGGAAUUAAAAUUACAACCUAAAACACAUGAAGAACAUUUAGCAACACAAAAUGAUAGUGAUCCAGAUGAUGAUGAUGAUGAUGAUGAUGAUGAUGAUGAUAAUGAUAGUGAAAAUUAUCGUUCUGGAAUUCUAUCUAAUGAUCAAACACAACAUUAUAUAAUUGACGACAAUGAAAGUAAAAAAACUUCAAAAUUAAAUAAUGAUUCAUCAGUUGAAUUUAUUUUUGAAAAUAAACAUAUUAAUAAUGAACCAAUUGAAAUGAUUACAUUUAAUAAAUCAAUAAUUGAUCAUAGACAAACAUCAUUACCAAAUAUGAAACAAACUUUAUCAACACCUCUACAACAAACUGAUGAUAUAAAUGAUAUUAAUAUUGAUACAAUAAAAAAACCCGAUGAAUUACCUAUGACAAAUGAAAAUUCACCUAUAAAAACUUUAUCAUCGUCAUCAUCAUCAAUACCAAUAACACAACGUUUUUAUGAAUUUUAUAAUGCACCAAUAACAAAAUUUUGGUAUAAUGCUAUAUUUUAUGUUAUUUUUCUUUUUCUUUUUACUUAUAUGAUACUUAUACGUACACCAACAAAACCGAGUAUUGCAGAAUAUAUUGUAACAAUUUAUUUAGCAUCAUCAGCACUUGAUACAAUUCGAGAGAUUUGUACAAAUUCAUCACCACGUUUUAUACGUCGAUUAACAUUGUAUUUUUCCGAUUUUGUUCAUAUAUGUGAUUCAUUAGCAUUAUUGGUUUAUGGUAUUGGAUUUAUACUUCGAUUUAAUCCAAAUACUUUAUAUAUUGCACGUGUACUCUAUUGUCUUGAUGUAUCUUAUUGGUGGAUACAUUUAUUAACUUAUAUUUCUAUACAUAAAUCUCUUGGUCCAUAUAUUCAUAUUGCUGCACAAAAUUUAAUCGAUUUAUUUAAUUUUAUAAUCAUAAUACUUAUUGUACUUGUAUCAUUUGGAGUAUCUCGUCAAGCAAUUAAAUAUCCAAAUGAAUCAUGGACAUGGCGUUCAGUUAAAGAAAUAUUUCUUGAACCAUAUUUUAUGAUUUAUGGUGAAGUUUAUGCUGGUUCAAUUGAUCCUCCAUGUUUAGAAAGUGAACCAAAUGCUCCACAAUGUAUGCCAUUUCAUUGGAUAACACCAAUAACUAUGACAGCAUAUCUUAUAUUUUGUAAUAUAUUACUUCUUUCAAUACUUAUUGCAACAUUUAAUAAUACAUAUAUACGUAUAUCAAAAUCAUCUGAUCAAGUUUGGAAAUAUCAUCGUUAUUAUAUUGUACUUAAAUAUGAAUCAAAACCAAUGUUACCACCACCAUUAAUACUUUUUUCACAUAUAUUUCUUUUAAUUAAAAUUAUUAUACGUUAUUGUCGUGGAAAAAAAUUUAAAGUUGAUCAUGGAUUAAAAUUAUUUUUAAGUGAAAAAGAAGUUACUGAAAUACAUGAUUUUGAAGAAGAACAAAUUGAUGAAUAUUUUGUAAUGAAAGAUAGAGAAAAAAAGAAUACAACUGCUGAUCAAAUUGCAUUAACAUCUGAACGGGUCGAUGCAACCGUUUUACGUAUUGAUGAUAUUUAUCAACGUGAAAGUCAAAAUCGUGCUGUCCUUCAAAAUCUUGAUUGGCGUUUACAACGUUUAGAAGAUCUUAAUAUGAGCACACAUGAAAUGAUUCAAAAAAUGUUUUCAAAUCAAUUAUUUGAUAAACAAGAUCCAUUAUAUACAUUUCGUCAUCAAACAUAUUCGUUUGAUGAUAAUGAUAUAUAUGAUCAACAACGACGACAACGACGACGUUCAUCAUUAACAGAUUAUGAUUUAAAUUCUUUUAAAGAUAAACAUAUACCAAAAUCAACAACAAUGAUAAUUAAUCGAAAGUCAAUAUCAAAAAAUGAUCAAGUUUCAUCAUUUAAAAAACAAUCAAAUCAAUUUCAAAGACGAUCAACACUUCAUCGAUUAGAUUCAUUAAUAAAUCAUGAUUUAAAUAAUAUUAAUCGAAUACAAUCAAAUGAAUAUACUGCAAUAACUGAUGCUAUUGAUACAACUCAUCAUGAUGAUGUAUGGCGAUCAUUAAGUCCAAUAGUUAUCCGUCCUUCGAUUAUUGAUAAUAAAUCAAUGAUAUUAUUUGAAUCAAGAAAUGAAGAAACAACUGCAUAUGAUGCUGAAGAACAAACACAUAAUUUAAUUGGUGAAAUAAUACGAAAACGUGUUCGAAAAUCAUCAAUAAAUCAACCAAAUAAUAAUUCAAUAGAAUCUUAUUGCGAUAGUGAUCGUAUAUCACUUCUUUCAAUUGAUCUUAAUACUAGUUCAUCGAAUCUCAAUAUUGAAAUGCCAGAUGCAAAAAAUUAG